UGCCAGGGUGCUUGUCGAGAAUGGCAUUGACUUGAAUAAUGCAGAUAAAUAAGUAUGGUCGGACGCCGUUAUCGUGGGCAGCUACAAAUGGCAAUGAGGCUCUUGUCAUACUGCUGCUUGAUAGAGGUGCCGACCCAAACUUGAGGGAUUGGCAUGGCCGGUCUCCGUUAUCGUGGGCAGUCACAAAUGGAUGUGAGGCUGUUGUCAAGUUACUUCUCGACAAUGGGGCAGACCCGAAUGCGAGGGAUAAUAUCGGCAAAACAACGCUCUCUCACGCCACGGCCGAUUUCUACUUCUACUCAGAUCUGAAUGUUCCUUGGAGGGCAUAUCAACAGACCACCCAUAAUCCGUACACCUUUAUUCAUAAUUCAUGUACGGAGAUUGGUUCACAUUGGGAUAAGAUCGGACAAACACUGCUCUCAAACUUAGAUACGAAUGCAUGCGGCCGCAUCGAUGAGUUCGACCGUCGUGUGAGAGCAGGGCCACCGGCUAACAUUGAAUCGUUUGUACCUAUUGUGGAGCUACUUCUGAGAAAUGGUGCAGACCCGAACUGUAAGGAUAUAUUCGAUUGGACACCAUUGCUCUGGGCAACUAUGGCUGGGAAUAUUUCUCUUGCCCACCUGCUUCUCGAGACUGGUGCAGAUCCUAACUGUGGGGAUAAGGAUAGCAUAACACCAUUGUCCUGGGCGGCUGGCUUUGGGCACGAGGCUGUUGUCAGGCUCCUUCUUGAGAAAGGUGCAAAUCCGAACUGCAAGAGUAUGUUCGGGUGGACACCUUUAUUGUGGGCAGUCGCGAAUGAGAACACUCUUAUUACUCGCCUGCUUCUUGAGAAACAUGCAGACCCGAACUGCAGGGAUAAGGACGGCUUAACGCCUUUGUUGUACGCUGUUAGUCACGAGCAACCGGUGGAUGUUACACUACUUCUUGAGAAUGGCGCGGACCCAAACUGCAAGACUGUGUCCGGUUGGACGCCGUUACUAUGGGCAGCUGGGAGUUUGGAUAUUAAAGUUACUGGCCUGCUUCUUGAGAAAGGUGCAGAUCCGAACUGUAGGGAUAAGGAUGGCUCAACACCCUUGUCGCGUGCGGCUAAUGAAGCGGAUGAGGAGACCAUUAGACUGCUUCUCGAGAAUGGCGCGGACAUCGACCAAGUUUCUUCUCACUGCUCAACAACAUCGGGUAGGUCAGAUUCAUGCAUUGCUUCACCAAGGACAAUCAUUGAAAGAUACAUUAAGAAGUGGGAGAUGGGGGAACUCACAUCAUCGGAUGAGUCCAUGUAGCUUUGUCCAAAGCCUGCAAUUCAAUCCCUUUAUCCCCCAGCUUGCUGUUCAAGAGUUAGGAUUGUAUGAUUUCAACUCCAAGUUGCCAUUGGGUGUGACAAAAGAUGCCCAAAAAAAAACAUUAGAA